CCUCGGACCCUCUCAAGUGCGGCCGCCCUCGGGAGGCCCCGAGGGCCGCGCUCGGGCCGCACACGGCCAGCGAGGGCCGAUGGCCGCCCUGGGCCGCCAGCGACCGCCGAGGCGGAGAGGCUGGGCAUGGGUUGCCAGACAAGUUCGGAGAAGCAGCGGGCUGCCGACGGCGACGUGGAGACAGCGAAUGGUGAUUCUCCCAACGAAGGGAUCUCGGUUGUCGUGGCAGAUACUUCUGCCGACAAGGACGGCCCCUCGCAGGAAGUGUCGGGGGCGUCGGCUGCCGGGCGAGCCCCCUCCUCGCCGCCAAAGCGUCAACGGCCGCCAGCAACGGUGGUUCCUCGCCUGGCCUCGUACCGCCGCCCAGUCCAAGGACCCGUCGCUGCCCGCCGCGACAGCGCCGUGUCGAAGGGAUCGUCUUCAAGUCUGCGCAACGGCCGGCACAAAGUACCCAAGUCGAUGAGCGUGGUGAAGCGCAAAUGA